AUGAAUAAUACCUUAAAAGCCGAAUUAGACAUCCUAAUAUUUAAUCGUGUACCGAAAACUGGUAGCAUUCAAUUUAUUGAAUUAAUGCGUAAAUUGGGAAGAGUACAUAAUUUCGAUGUUGAGGUUGACCCCCAGAAUGGUGGCAUACGUCCCAUACUAAACGAGAAUGAAGAGGGUGAUUUAGUUGAAAAUAUUGCGAAUGCUGAUGACGGUACUGUCUUUGUUAGCCAUGUAAAUUAUUUGAAUUUUACAAAAUACGACACGCCAAAGCCGAUUUAUGUGAAUAUGGUACGCGAUCCAGUAGAGAGGGUAAUUAGUUGGUACUACUAUAUCAGAUCACCAUGGAUAUUUGUGCCGAAUCGUCGCAAAAGCAAUAGAGAAAUGCCAAAUCCACAAUGGGUUAAUACGGAGUUUGAUCAAUGUGUAUUGACUGGUGAUAAAGCCUGCACUUACAUUGAAGGGUCGGGUUUAGAGCGAGUCGGCGAUCAUCGCCGUCAAAUACUAUUCUUCUGUGGCCACAAUGAACGUAAAUGCAUGCCGUUUAAUACAAAACUGCCAAUGCAAAUUGCCAUGCAAAAUGUUGAGCGGGAGUAUGCCGUAGUGGGUACAUGGGAAGACACCAAUGUGACGCUGAGCGUUUUGGAAAGUUACAUACCAUCUUAUUUUCGGGGCGCUAAAAAUAUGUAUUACUCGGGCAUGCAGAAAGACCUGAAAAACUAUAAUCCUAUGAAACCACUCAUUGCCGAAGAUAUCAAAGAAAUGGUGCGUAAAAAUUUUACACGAGAAAUUGAGUUCUAUCAGUUUUGCCGGCAACGCCUACACAAGCAAUACUUAGCUGUUAAGUUGAAUGAACUUAUGACCUUUGAUAAAGAUUUACAGAAACUGCACAAGACAGCUUUAAAAAACUUAAAUGCAUAUCGCUUGAAUAAUACACGAAAAGCCGAGAUUGAUGUUAUCUUCUUCAAUCGUUGUGCAAAAGUUGGCAGUGAAGCGCUUCUUGAGCUUUUCAAUAAAUUAGAGGACUUCAACAACCUGAAAAUGGAGCGAGAAGGCUUAAAACGGGGUACGAAACGUCAAUUCCCGAAAUGGGAACAACGUGGUUUAGCUACAAACAUAUCUGAGUUUGAUGAUGGUUCGGUAUACAUAGAGCAUGUAAAUUGGAUUGAUUUUGAAGAAUUUGAUUUACCAAAACCGAUUUACAUAAAUCUGGUGCGUGAUCCAGUGGAACGGGUCAUAAGUUGGUAUUUCUACGUACGAGGCGCUUAUAAGAACGCAAUAGAAUAUCGCAAAGUUCCCGAUAAACCAAUAAUGAAAGCCGAGUGGUAUAAAAAAGAUUUUAACAAUUGCGUACGUAGUGGUGAUCCUGAGUGUCAAUAUAUACCGUAUACAGUUCAAGAUUAUACAGGCAAUUUCAAGAGGCAAUCCAUAUUCUUCUGUGGUCAUAGCGAUGAUUGUUUACCCUUCAACUCACCAGCUGCCAUUCAAAUGGCAAAAGAACAUGUUGAACGUGAUUAUGCAGUGGUUGGCUCUUGGGAAGAUACAAAUAUAACGCUUACCGUUUUUGAGAAGUACAUACCACGUUUCUUCAAUGGCGCAAAAGUUCUUUUUGAUAUCCACAAUUACCAAAUAACAAACCGGAAUAAGAAUAAGAGGAAGCCAAAAAUUGAUCCGGAUGUCAAGGAAAUGAUACGAAAAAAUUUCACUCACGAGUAUGAUUUUUACUACUUUUGCAAGCAACGCCUCUACAAGCAAUAUCUCGCCGUGAGUCUGAAAGAUUUGCCGGCCAGUAAUGAAUUAAAUUAG